AUGUCGACUGAAUUCAAUAAUCAUCCAUUUAUUGAUCUUGAGAAAUUAUUUCUCGAUGAUCCAUUAGAAAUUUUAAGAUUACAACAAGCAUUCGAAACAAAUGGUUGGUGUUUUGUACAUUUGUCUAAAAACAGUCGUUCUUUCGUAACCCAGUUGAAUCAUAUUAAUCAAUCUCUUUCAAAUUUUUUUUCACUGGAUCAAGCAGAAAAAUCUCGUUAUUUAUCAUCAAAUGCAUUUGGUUAUUCAUGUAUUGGUCAUAAAGAAGGUAUUAAAAUAUUAACAGAUCAGCAAGGUAUCACUGAUUCUCAAUCUGUUUUACCGAUGAGCAUCGAAGCAACAUUACAACAUAUUAGUCAAUUGAUCAGUAAUUUAACUUAUCGCUUAAAACCAAUAAUUACUAAACUAACUGUAUCAGAUGAUAAAUCAUCCAAACAAGUAGAAUUAUCUGCUUUUGCAAUGCUUGAUAUUGUCCAAUAUUUUAAUAAAAAAACUGGUCCAACAAAAAUACCCGAAGUUGGUUACAAUACAGAUGAAGUUAAUUGUGUCCCACAUUAUGAUCCCGGUCUCUUUUCAUUAAGUAUACUUUCAACAUGUGAUGGUCUUCAAUUAAAAGAUCAACGUGAAAAUAAAUGGAUUGAUGGACCAGAUAAUUCUCAAGUUGAUCAAUCUAACAUUGGUGUUAUUUGGCUUGGUGAAGCAGCAAGCAUUCUUACUGGAAAUCGUUUUAAAUCUGGUAUUCAUCGUGUUAUUUAUCCUCGUACAGCUCAUCAAGCACGACUAACUGUUUGGCAAGAAGUUUGUACAGAAGGUCAAAUUAAACAAUUAUUUGAACAAAAUAAUAAUGUAGAACUUUUACCAGCCGAUGCUGAAGUAAUACUUGCAAAUCAACCAGAUUCUUUACCAAUGAGUGUACUUCCAGGCGGUGAAACUCCGCAUGCUUUUAUGAAACGUGUUGAAUCUCGACGUGGUCUUGCAAUGAUGGCAAGUACAUCACAAAUGCAACGUUUUUUUGUAAGCUUUAUAAAACAAAAACUUUAA